AUGUCUGCUUCUAAGGAUUUGAUUUUGGCAAAGAUUUACAAAUAUUUGAAUGAUCAAGGUUUGCAAAAAACUGCUGCUGCACUUGCAAAAGAUUCAAAGUUAGAUUUCUCAAAAGUUGAAUCUGGAAGCGUUCCGCUUGAAUCCUUUAUUGCCAAUGAAGAGUUGCUAAGCAAAGACAAAGUCGUGAUGACGGGGGACAGUUCUUCAGAGUCUUCAGAAUCUUCGGACUCUUCAGAUUCGUCAGAUUCGUCAGAUUCGUCAGAUUCGGAUUCUUCCUCUGAUAGCGAUAAUGAAGAUGUUGUGAUGAAAGAUGGUGAUAAGGAUGUUGAUGAGAAAGCCGAAUCUUCCUCACCUUCAUCUUCAUCUUCUUCUUCUUCAGAUUCGGACUCAUCUUCUUCUUCUUCUUCAGAUUCGGACUCAUCAUCUUCUUCUUCUUCAGAUUCGGACUCAUCUUCAGAUUCAGACUCAGAUUCAGAUUCAGAGUCUUCUUCGGACUCUGAUUCCGAUUCUUCGUCAUCAAGCGAGUCUGAAUACGAGAAAGAAGAAGACAAAAAAGAAAAACCUGUUGUUGAGGAGGAAAAAAUGACAAACGAUAAUGACUCUUCCUCUUCCUCUGGCAGUUCAUCAUCUUCAAGUGAUUCAGAUUCAGAUUCAGGUUCAUCUUCUAGUGAUUCAGAUUCAGAUUCAUCUUCUAGUGAUUCAGAAUCAGAUUCAGAUUCAGGUUCAGGUUCAGGUUCAGGUUCAGGUUCAUCUUCUAGUGAUUCAGCUUCAGAUUCAGAUUCAGAUUCAUCUUCUAGUGAUUCCGAUUCCGAUUCAUCUUCUAGUGAUUCAGACUCAGACUCAGACUCAUCCUCUAGCGAUUCUGACUCAGGUUCAGAUUCAGAUUCAUCAGCAAGCAGUUCUGACUCUGAUUCAGACUCUUCGGACACAGAAAACAAAAAAAGGAAGACUGAAUCAACUGAAGAACCGGAUGCCAAGAGAUCCAAAACUGAUUCAAAAGAGAGCACUACAUCUAGCUCCAGAACCCAGACACCUGAACUGAUCCCAGCAGGUGUAGAUGAAUUGCAGCCUGGUCAAAAGAAACAUUUUUCUAGGAUAGACAGAUCUAAGGUUGGUUUUGAAGCCGAAGAUUUGAUGGAUAACACUUAUAAGGGUGCUGCUGGUACUUGGGGUGAGAUUGCAAAUGAAAAGCUGGGUGCUGUUAGAGGCAAGGAUUUCACCAAAAAUAAGAAUAAAAUGAAGAGAGGAUCGUACAGAGGUGGUUCGAUCACUAUGGGUGUUGGUUCCUAUAAAUUCAAAGAAUAA